AUGGCUGCUUUUCACUACUACUCCACUCUGAUUGCCAUCACCUCUCUAAAUCUUCUGUUUCUCUCUUGCCUUCCAUCCACCACCCUUUCACAAAACCCUGGCUCGUUGCCAUCGGACCCCACCAUUGCCGAAUGCUUGCUGCCAUUGGUCCCAUGUGCACCAUUUGUGCAGGGCAGAGCCACCUCGCCGGCACAGCCGUGUUGUGAUAACCUCAAACAACUCUACAACCAGCAACCAAGCUGCCUUUGUCUCUUGCUCAAUGCCACUAGUCUCACCUCUUUUCCCAUCAAUAGCACAUUUUCUCUGCAAUUGCCACUUCUAUGCAACCUCCACAUUAGCACCUCUAUUUGUUCAGGGAUGCCAUUGACUCCUAGUUCACCUGCUUCUCAAGUUUCCUUUGGGACAAAGACCAAUUCUACUUUUGCUGGGACCCUGAGGCCCAGCAUCGCGGGAUUUGGCCGGAGUGAUGGAAUAAAGUGUAAGGCAGAAGGUCACUUGUUAGUGGUGGCGGCAAUAGCAUUCCUGUUGCUAUAUUAA